CCGCGUCGGGUUUCUAUGGUUCUUCCUGCGAAAAUAAUCGCGCCGCUCGCGCUUCACACUGCUCGGUCGGAGUGAGUAGUAACAUGUGAGCUCGGAAGUGUUCGCCAGGGGUGGAUGAGAGGAAAAGGGGAGGCACCUGCGAGGCGGAGCAGGUCAGCCGACCGCGGUGUCAAGUUGUACUUAACCACGGCGCCGCACAGUUUCAGACACAUUUGUCAGGACUCCUCUUCAUCGGAUCAGCUCCUCGCUAUGACUCCUUGUUGUUGUCGCGGACUUAACGCGUGAGGUGAGCUGUGACUGCCCGUCCUUCUUUGUCUCCGUGCACCUGCAUGCACCGUGGGCAGCCCUGGCUCGUUGGAGAGACGCUGUGCUCAGAGACUGUGCUGCACUCGGAGAACCCAUGGCUUCUGGCCCUCCAUGUCCCUCUGUAGGCCGCAGGCUCAGGCUGCUGGAGUUGCUGCUCUGGCCUCUGUUGGUCUUGCUGGUUUCUGGGCUGGAACCAGCAGUGGGUCAGAAGGUCUACACCAACACAUGGGCUGUCCACAUACCUGGAGGUCAGGAGGAGGCUGACCAAGUUGCCAGUAAACAUGGGUUCAUGAAUUACGGACAUGUAUUUGGUAAUUAUUAUCACUUCCGGCAUCGUAUGGUGGUGAAGAGAUCGCUGUCGGAUCACAGGGGAACACAAGUCCGUCUUCAAAGAGAUCCCAAGGUGACUUGGGCCGAGCAACAAGUGUCGAAACGAAGGAAAAAGAGGGAUGUCUUCACAGAACCGUUAGAUCCCAAGUUCAGAGACCAGUGGUACCUGUACAACAGCAACCGCCGUGACUUGAAUGCAAAAUCUGCGUGGCAGUUGGGCUACACGGGUAAAGGGGUGGUGGUGUCCAUCCUGGAUGAUGGAAUAGAGAAGAACCAUCCUGACUUGAUGCAGAACUACGACCCGGAUGCCAGUUACGAUGUGAACGAUGGCGACCCAGAUCCUCAGCCUCGAUACACGCAGCUUAAUGACAACAGACAUGGAACAAGAUGUGCAGGAGAAGUGGCAGCAGUAGCCAACAAUGGGAUCUGUGGAGUCGGUGUGGCCUACAAUGCCAAGAUUGGAGGUGUUCGUAUGCUGGAUGGUGAGGUGACUGACAUGGUGGAGGCCCAGUCCCUCAGUCUGAAUCCCCAACACAUCGACGUCUACAGCGCCAGCUGGGGCCCCGAGGAUGACGGAAAAACUGUUGACGGACCUGCAAAACUCGCCAAAGAAGCCUUUCUGCGUGGAGUGACGGAGGGUCGUAGUGGUUUGGGCUCCAUCUUUGUUUGGGCUUCUGGGAACGGAGGGAGGGAGAAGGACAGCUGUAACUGCGACGGCUACACCAACAGCAUCUACACCCUGUCUAUUAGCAGCUCCACCCAGAAUGGCAACGUGCCCUGGUACAGCGAGGCUUGCUCCUCCACCCUCGCCACCACCUACAGCUCGGGGAACCUCAACGAGAAACAGAUAGUGACUACAGACCUCAAAUCAAAAUGCACAGACUCCCACACAGGCACAUCUGCCUCUGCCCCGCUGGCUGCUGGGAUCAUCGCUCUUGCCCUGGAGGCCAAUAAAAAUCUGACCUGGAGGGAUAUGCAACAUCUGGUUGUACGAACCUCUCACCCUGCCCACCUGCUCACCAACGACUGGAGAACAAAUGGGGUUGGGCGCAAAGUGAGCCAUUCGUAUGGAUACGGUCUACUUGAUGCCAGUGCCAUUGUAGAGCUGGCAGAAACAUGGACCAGUGUGAGGCCACAGCGGAAAUGUGUGAUCACCAUGGUCAGUGAGCCAAGGAACAUCGGCAGCCAUCUGUCGAUCAACAUGAGCGUGGACGCCUGCAUUGGGACAGAGAGUCACGUGACGGCAUUAGAGCACGUUCAGGCCCGACUCUCUCUGUCCUACAACCGCAGGGGGAACCUGGCGAUCCACCUCAUUAGUCCUGCCGGCACACGCUCCACUCUGCUCCACCCCAGGCCUCAUGACUACUCAUCAGAGGGUUUUAACGACUGGGCUUUCAUGACCACCCAUUCCUGGGAUGAAAACCCCACCGGGGCGUGGACGCUGGAGAUCGAGAACGUGGCUGGUGCCAGUGACUACGGCACUUUGACCCAGUUCAUCCUGGUGCUGUAUGGCACCGGCUCAGCGUCUUCCAGCUCCUCUGACAAAGCUCAGCCUGAAAAUGGCAACUGUAAGACCUUGGACCUGAGGCAGAUAUGCAUCGAGUGCGACUCCGGCUACUACCUCUUUCAGCAGGGCUGUGUGAAAGAAUGUCCUGCAAGCUUCUCAGUGGGCUCCCAGCCCAUCAACUACACAAUAGGAAACUUUAUACCACCAGCCUCCGUCCCAGCCUGCCUGCCCUGCCCACCGCCCUGCCUGACCUGCAGCAGCCUCAGCCCCCGGGCCUGCCUGUCCUGCCCCCCUCAUAACUCCCUGGACCCCAUCUCUGGCACCUGUCUGCACCUCAACCAGUACAUGCGCGAGUCCCAUGACAACUUUAUGGUGGACAAGGGGAACACGGAGAUGGAGCUCCAGCUCAGCUCCCGGCUGCCUAUCACCAUCGCUGUGCUCAGCUGCAUGGCCAUCAUCGCCACCUUUGCUGGCACCUUCCUGCUGCUGCAGCUGCGCUCCGGCGCGCUCAUCAAGCUGCCCUCUCUGGAGGCUGGCGGCGGCAUCAGGGGGAGUUUCAGCCUCGGGGGAAAUAGGGUGGUCUCGUACCGCGGCAUCCCGACAAUGUGGGGGGAUGAUGGGGUAAAUACAGACUCUGAUAAUGAAGAGUUUGACGUCCACAAUGAGAGGACUGCCUUUAUCAAAACACAAAGUGCUCUUUAAUGCCUCCCCGUCAUCCUUCCCUCUCUUCUGCUUUUAAAGUCUUCUUACCUUCAUUAGUCUGAUGAUUCAGAGCUGUGGUAACGACCUUCAUGCAGUUUUUUUCUGGUGUUAUCUGUCAUCUCCUCUUUCCCGUCUCUUACUGGGUUCUCCUCUGAGGAUCUGCUGUGGGAGACCUGAAGCCGCUGUCUCUCAGAGCUCGGGAUGGUCUGAGCUUUGCUCUGUUGAUACUUGGGUGCUUCUCUCUAUUAAACCGUCUCUCUCCCUCCUCUUGCCCUCGGUAACUAACAGUGUGUCUGUGCUUAGUCCAUUUUCCCCUCCAGUUCCUUUUUGUUCCAGUAAACAAAUGAUUAUCAUUUGUUUGUUUCUUUUGUUUCUCUCUUUCCAUCAUUCUCCGUGCAGUAGCCAGAAGAGAUUGUUGAAUGUGAGGAGUAGAGAUGUGUGUAUGCAUCUGUGUGAAUCUGAUGAGCAGUGUACUGCCUUUUUUUUGUAGAGGAGCUAAAGCUGGUCCUGUCACAUGUAGUACUUUAACGUAAAAGUGAUAACAAAACAUUGUAUUACUCGGCUUGUGUUUAGUGACGUCAUCAUCCAAAGUCUGUUCAUAAAAGCACCAUUUAACUGUAGCAAUGCACAGUGCACAAAUCAAAAGUAUAGUGGUAGUCAAUGAAAUGUCCAGACUUUAAUGGUUUACGAUCAUGUGUCGCACAUCAGAUAAACAACACAGACUGUCUGAGAGCUGCUGUGCUUCUUCCUCUUUGAUAAGACAAUGUUUUGUAUUUACUUUAAACAAAAAUCGAUCUUCCACAGUCUGUUUUUGUAUCUGUAUAGUUAUUGCUCUAGGUGUGAGGGGGGCUUUAGUUUUCUUUUUGUACAGUCUGGAAACAUCUUUUUUCCGCUCUGGCAGAACAAACUGAGUCACACAACUAACGAAGCUUCUUCCAGUCUUUUGGGAUUCAAGAUGGACUCAAUUUAUCCCGGUUCGGAAACUUUAAAUUCUCCUGCGCUCGUCUCCUCCCCAACCGACACAUGGAAGGGUAUCAAAAAAGUACGAUGAAUGAAAAGAAGAAACAGAAACCACAUAUACACACGGGCUACUCGCUCAACCCCGAGGCACAAUGCCUUCCAGGGGCAUUUAAUUUCCGUGUUUGAUGUGCUCACAUCCCAGCUGAGAAGUAGCCCGUGUGCUGAUGGGACCCAGAACAAUAUGUGACUGUUGAGCACAAGAGCUUCUCAAAGGCUGCUGGCAGGUGUUGAGUUACCUGCGAUUGAUUCCUUGACAGAGCAGACGCAGUUAACAAUACAUCAAGGCUUUCCCUUUUGUCAGAGCACAUUAGCACUACGAACAUACAUUAGACACCCCUCAUAUCAUACACAUCACUGAAACUUUGUUUGUGUGUGUGUGUGUGUGUGUGUGUGUGUGUGUGUGUGUGUGUGUGUGUGUGUGUGUGUGUGUGUGUGUGUGUGUGUGUGUGUGUGUGUGUGUGUGUGUGUGUGUGUGUGUGUGUGUGUGUGUGUGUGUGUGUGUGUGUGUGUGUGUGUGUGUGUGUGUGUGUGUGUGUGUGUGUGUGUGUGUGUGUGUGUGUUUCCUCCUCCGCUUCAUUGUCUCUGCUCUCCUCUUCAAUCUUGAACGCUGUUUAGAAAUCCUACGUGGAAACUCCACUUCUCAUCUGUGUCUCUGCUCUUACCCUCCAGUCCUCAUCUAAUCUGAAUUUCAGAUUAUCGCUUCGUUCUUGCCAAUUAAUUAUAUUCUGAAUGAUACUGCAGCAAUUAUUUAUUCUGAGAGGUUUUAAUCAUACCUUAAGGGAAGAUUGUUUUAAAGUGAUUCUUUUUCAUCUAAAAUUUGCAUCUCAGAGUAGCCAUUUUGAAUUCAUUGAUCUCUUUUUCUAUCGUGUGGAAAUUGUGAUUAUUAUUAUUUUAUUUUUUUUCAUUUUCAUUUCCAGUACAAAAACAGUGGGACUGGCUGAGAGAGGUUGUCAUGGUAAUGCCAUGCAACAUGCAGCUGCUCAUCCUUUUUAAUUGUUCUCAUAUCAUUUGGCAAGGCUUCAUACACCACUAGAAGAGCUGUUACAUUUUUAUAGAGGUCAAAUUAUAGAUAAACAUAUGACGACGCUUGUCGGGAAAGGUUUAAGAGGAUCGGCAUGUUCGUCAAAUUUAUGUUGAAGAAGAGAGACGAGCAAUUGUGAUUCAUAAACUGUAAACCUGCUGUGUAAAUUGUAGUCCGCUGAAACUCCCAUCUCUCUAAAAUGUAUUGUCUUUAGGAGCAACAUUCACGGGCAGCCCCACCUGGGCUUCAAACCCCUGUUAUUGAAAAUAGAAUGGGUAGAAGGAUGUCCAAAGACCUUGUGGGCUAGCGGUUAAGUGCUAAAUCGACAGGAAAUUGUUACAGACAUUUUUACUCCAUCAGGGGUGAAGACCUUUUUGUUCAUAAGUUUGUCACUGACAAUCAAAUAAUGUCCUUGUUUUGAGGGCAAGAAGGUGCACAAGCACACAAAACUAAUCAAUUUUAAUUUAACCACUUUAGUUGCAAAAGCUUUCUCUGAGGAUACAUAUAUAUAUUCAGAGCUGAAUGUGAUUUGAAUUGCAAGAGCUUGUUCAGAGAGAGUGAGAAAGAAGAAGAAAAAACCAUACGAGAAUAAAGAUGGUAUUGGUUUCCAAACCAAUACCAUCCAACAUCAUGUUGAAAAAGAUGGAGAAGAUUGGUAUGUAUGCUCUCAAAUAGCACUGAGCCAGCAAGCUUAAUUCAUCUCAGAUGGCUGGUGCAGGUGUAGCACAUUUGGCUUAUCGCUGCAGUUUUAGCAAGGAAGCACUAAACGGGAUUGGAAAGCAACCCGAGAACGUGGAUUUAGAGAAAGUGCCCUAAAAAGGAACAACGGUAAUGUGGCUGCAGAAUAAUAAGAGUGUGCUGCAUAGCUUUGUGUCACGUACAUUAGUGCCCACUGCCAUUUAGGCUUCGAUUUAAGUUUAAGGAGGAUGCUAAUUUAGAAAUGUAAUAACUACAGCCUCAGACUGGAGCCUCAAAAUCGUAUUGACUUCCCAGCCUAGUGUGGAGUGUGUAAACAAUAGAUAAUGGGACAAUGUGGCACUAAAAUUGCUUCCAUAAACUAUUUUCUAAAACUCUGGAUGCAAAGAGUUUGCUUUUUUAGAAGAACUGUAGUGUGGGACUUUGACCAAUGCAAUUAGUAUUGAUGUGCAGUCUUAUCAAUAUUAUCCACAGUGCAUCUCCCCUAACACAAUAUUUAUAUUGCUUCCAGAAAGAAUAAAGUUUCCCCUGAAGUGCAACAUUUUGGGGGUGUUCAGACACGUUUCUGUGGCUCCUUGAGUUCACACUCAAAAUGAUAAAUUCAUCUUGGCUUGAUCUUGUAUUUGCUACAGCUUGAGAAUUGAGAAAACUUUAAACCCGGAGCUUUGAGCAUUAAAGUGUUCAACUUUUAACAAAAUCCUGAAUGCGGGCAGCAUUAAGUAGCUCGUGCUUCCAAAGCACGGGGAUCUGCUGAACACCUUUAGCAGCCUGCUCACUCCUUUCACUGCAAGAAUGUGAAGGAAAUUACACACUAACUAAAGUAAAGGGCCUCUAAUUGUGCUAGCAAGCAGCUCAUUGUCAUAAGGCUGUCACUGAAGCCUUUUAAUGUAGAAAGUAACAUAAAUGUUACAGAAAAUAUCUUCUCUUCGCAGACUGUCUCCUCUGGCUGUAAAGAAAAGACUCGAUCAUGGAAGUGAUCGAGUCUUUUUUCUUUGUACAGCUGAUUUAUUUCAUGUGGAGCUCGAUGGUGCUUCAGUCCUGCCUUUAGGAUGUAGUCGAAAGUGAUCAAUAUGAAGUUGGAUAGAUUUAAUAGGAGCAAUAUCUUUGGCAUAACCAAAGACAAUCAUUUUAAUGCUGUCUGUUUAGUGUUACGACAUGUUGCUUUCAGGUUGUCACAGUCCAUUGACCCCUUUCACCCGCGUUCAAAGUGCUUUGUUGACAUCAUUCUGUCAUCUCAGCUUUUUCUUUUUAAAAAAAAAUCUGCUGUGACACCCUGUAUAUUUAAUAGCUGUGAAGAGAGGAGGUAGAAUGUAUCCCAUCUCCAUUAACUUAAGGGCUGAAUCAGAUCUGCGUGCGUCCGUGUGUGCACAUGCUUGUUUAGGAAUAUAUGAAACACUUUGGGGGGGUGGGGGUGAUUGUUUAGUGGAGCAGCCUCAGAUGACCUCCUCCUGCCUCUUCGUGAGGUUCCUGGCUGCACACAGUACCUUACAGAUUUGUGACCUAUGAAUUAUGUACAAGAAUGACUAUCUUACAUGGGACAUAACUCUAAAAUAAGGCCUAUUUUUGUACUAUAUGAAUGGUGCAGUGUAAUUUUCUUGUAAUUUAAAGAUGCUCUUGUUUUUCCUUUUAUUUAAUUGAUGUCAAUUAUUAUAGAUUCUACUAAAAAAAUAAAGAUCUAUGCAAAUUUGAA